AGCGGAGCGGAGCGGCCCCGCCGCGGCCAUGGGACAGCGCCCGGUGCCGGCUCCGCUCCCGCUGCCGGUGCCGCUGUCGGUACCGGUGCUGCUGUCGGUGUCCGUGCUGCUGCCCGCGCUGCUGCUGUGGCAGCUCGGUGGAGCCCAGGCUCCGGAUGAGUGUCCCCGGCCGGAGCGGCUGCAGUACGCAGAGCUCGACCCGAGCUCCAGGGACAUCACGAAUUUUCCACCUGGGACCAAAAUCUCCUUCAGCUGCAGGCCAGGAUACACCAGGGUGCCAGAGAAGUCACUGACCUUGACAUGUGGUGAGGACUUGCAGUGGUCACCCACAGGCCCGUUGUGUACAGCAAGAAAAUGUGUGUACCCAGGAGACUUGGAAAAUGGUUAUUUUGAUGUAACAGAUCUUACAUUUGGUUCAAAGUUGACGUUUUCUUGUAAUCCAGGAUACAGAAUACGGGGUAAUGAAGAGAUUACCUGUAUUAUCAAGGGUGCAGGUGUUGGCUGGAGUGGACUUCUGCCUUACUGUGAAAAGAUUCCUUGUGAGCCACCUCCCACAAUAGCCAAUGGGGAGUACGAGGAGAGCGACGGCUACGUGUACGGGAGCUCAGUGACCUACAGGUGCCACAGUGUCCCCAAGGGCUCUGAUCCCUUCUCCCUCAUUGGCACAGCCACCAUUUCCUGCACAGCUGAUGCACACUCAAACGGAGUCUGGAGUGGCCCACCUCCAGAAUGUCGAGUGGUCAAAUGUGAAGACCCCAGAGUUGAGAAUGGGAGGAAAACAUCAGGAUUUGGAGGUUCCUACACUUAUGGGAACUCAGUUGUGUUUGAGUGUGUUCCAGGCUAUUUCCUGGUUGGAGCAGAGGUAAUUACCUGUGGAGAAAAUAACGACUGGGUUCCUCCAAAACCUACUUGUCAGAAAAUUACUGCAGAUGUGUGUCCUCCCCCGAAGAUCCCCAAUGGGGUCCUGGUCCCAGGCAAACCUUCCUAUGAAAAAGGAGAGUCUGUGGUGCUCAGGUGCAAUGCUGGCUGCUCCUUCCCUGGUGGCUCUGCAGAGAUGACAGUGACCUGUCAGGGACAGGGUUCCUGGGGUGCUCUACAGCACUGUGCCUGUGAGUCUGAAGGUUCUGGUUCCACACCAGUCAUAAGUCAUGGGAGAGUGACAGAUGGACAAAAACCUUCCUACACUGUGGGGGAUUUAAUUACCAUUGAGUGUUACUCAGGGUACACCUUGCAUGGGCAGUCUCAGAUCCAGUACGUUGGGAACAACCAGUGGAUGCCUGGAGUGCCAACCUGCCAGCUCAGUGGAUAUAUUAUAGCCAUCAUUUGUGUGAUUGUGGUAAUUAUGAUGCUCCUGGCAGCCUUCUGGAUCUACAAGAAAUUCUUCUCACAGAAUGGCUCGUACACAGUUGAUGAGAGUUGCAAGGAAAUUUGUAUUUUAAAAGCUAAUGUCCCAGCUGAGAUGGAAGAAACUGCACAAAUGAAUUAAUGAAAAGGAAACGUGACAGCACUCCCAGUUCUGCCGAAUAUAGGAUGUAUAAAGCAUGAGUGACCUUUUGGGGUGGGAGGGGAGGAAUAUCCCUGUCAGAGCUGAAAAUGAGUGGCUGGCUGCAGAAUGAGUGACUGCAGAAUGAGUGCUUGCCCUUGCAGUGAGCUGCUGCCCAUGAGUUCCCUGUGCCUGUCUUGCUCUGCUGAGCUGGGGGAGGAGAUGUGUGAUAGGAUCAGUGUGUGUACAUCUGAUAACACAGAUAGAUCCUGCUUUGCCUCCUGGGCCCCUCCUCAUCCUUCUGUGCUGGGGGAGAGGCAGUACCUGUGGCAUGCCAGAGCGUGUGGGAUGCUGAAUGUCACUGUCCCAGUGCCAGCUGCUGCUGCCUGCUGCCUCCAGUGCCACCUCUUUGCUUGCAGAAGAGCCCAAAAUUCCCAAAAUUCUCCUCUCGAGCUCUCCUGGUUGUCCUUCCCAUCCUUUUUGCACUUGAGAUGGUGUAAAUGGUUCUGUUGUUCCCCUUGUAUCUGAAAUGUGUUGUUGCUCAUUCCCUGGUGCCAUUGAAGGCAAUGUCUUUUGGAAGCUAUCACAAUUAAGAUCUUAUAUACUCUACCUCUUUGUCUGCCAAAGUUGGUUGCUGUAUAUAUAAUGAAUUAAAGUGUGCCUUGAAAUCAGACUUCCAUAGCUUUUCCUUUGCUUUUAAGAAGGAAAAAAGCAAUAUAUAUUUAUGACUCUUUGCUACAAUCCCCAAAGACUGCAGUGGAUUUGUAGGAACUGAAAAGUGAAGGAUUCUGGAGCCUGUUGGCAGGAGGUUCCUCAUGAAAGGAGCUGCUCAGAGCUCAGUGAAAUUCCUUAGGUGCUUGAUUUUUAGUGAGCCUUGGUGUCAGUUCUGGAGAUCUUCUGUUGCUCUCAAGGGUAGACACAGGUGCUGUGUGAUCCACCUUGCUUCUUCACUUGAAAUCACAUAUUCCACAUUUCUAACCUCUGGCUGCAGGCUGGGAUGUUAAAUCAAGCUCUGAAAAGCUGGAUUUAGCAUCAGGUUUGUGUUCAGAAGAAGAAGGUUUUCCCUGUCACUCACUUUUCAUGUUAAAGGAAAGCCAGACCAGCUCAGUUGUGUGACAUGUGGUGGUCUCUUGUUUGCUGCUUGUCCAUCAAAUGUUUUAUUCUGACUCCAGGAGCUCCCACCACGGUGUUUGCCACUAGCUGAGACUCACUGCUCCUUUAAUUCCUCAGCAAACCCCAGAUCUUCACUAGAACAGGUUUUAGCUUCAUGAAUCUCUCUAUCAGCAUGCAGACAGCUUCUGAUUUUCACAGAAAACCCAAAUAAUGUCACUUCAGAUGCCUGAGGCAGCUUUGGAACUGCUCUGGCUUGUCUGUGGCUGCUUGGCACCGCUCUCCCUGUCAUCAACAGCUUGUUGGAGUGGCACAGAACUGUUUGGGGCUUUGUGGGGCUUUUUGGGACAAUCCCAGCAGUCCUAUUGUUGGAGUUCAUAAUAGGCUGUGCUUGUUAGAAAGGGGCUUUGGCUCUGCAGGAGGAUUUGCUGCUGGAGGCCUGGCUGAGUGCUCAGUUUGGGAGAUGUUUGUAAACACUGGGAUGUGUGGCUGGGGCUGAGUGUGGUGGUGCUCAGGAGCUCAGCUUGCUUUGUGUGGCAUCUGCAAUGUGCUGAAAUACACUGGAAUGUUCUUAAUUGGGAGGUGGAAUCACUGUACAGAGUGGCCAUGUUUUUAUUCUUCCUUGUGGAUGUAAAGAUUAGCGAUGAUUUGUAAUGUUCCAAAUAAAAACGUUAAAUUAUUUA